GCGUGUGCUUAUUUGGUCGGAAAUUCAAAUCCACUGAAUAUCUCCCUCUCGGCUCUCUCAUAUUCAUUUACGACCCGAAGAAACUUCGUUUAUGAAGAUUUGCACUCUGUAGCGGCAAUAAAGGAAGCAGCGUCUGAAGCAGACUAAUAAGGCAGUCUAAUUAAUCUCUCUCGCUCUCGCGAUCGCUUGUCGGAAUGCGAAAGGAAUAGUCUCUUCAAAGUUCAGCAGCCAUUACGCUCUGCUCUUACUUCACGCUUCCUUCAACGCCCUCCAGCCUGUACAACUCUCUCUCUCUACCUCUCUAUAUCUCCCUGUUUUGAGUUGUUAAUUGUUGUUGUUAAUGGAAGUGAAUGUACGCAGAUGGCUCGAACGAGAUGAAGACGGAGGCCUCUCCGGAGCCAAACCCUAGCUUCAUUCAUCCAACUGCAGUUGUUCAUCCGGACGCCAUUAUCGGCCAGGUCUCUCUCUUCUCUUCUAUUGCGAACUUCACUGUCUAUACUCGAAUUCGUCUUUAAUUUUCUGGUACUGGAGUUCGUUCAAGUUUUAUUAACUAUGUAGAGUGUCUCGGUUGGUCCGUUUUGUACUGUUGGCUCCUCUGCGAAGAUUGGCAAUGGUUGUAAGUUAUAUCCCUCGAGCCAUAAUAUUUGGAGACACAAAACUCGGGGAGCGCUGCGUUUUAAUGACUGGUGCAGUGGUUGGUGAUGAUAUUCCGGGGAGUACUGCUAUAGGAUGCGAUAAUGUUAUUGGUCAUCAUGCUGUGGUCGGUGUUAGAUGUCAAGACUUGAAAUACAAGCCAGGAGAUGAAUGUUUUCUUGACAUUGGGGAUAACAAUGACAUCAGAGAACAUAUAUCGGUUCACCAAUCCUCAAAGCCAACUGAUAAGACGGUGAUUGGCGAUGGCAAUCUUAUUAUGGGGUCUAGUCAUAUUGCCCAUGAUUGCAAAAUUGGAAACAGUAACAUAUUUGCUAAUAAUACUCUUCUAGCUGGGCAUGUUGUUGUGGGAGUAAGUUUUGUUGUAACAUAAGUUGAUAUAUUUUUACAUCAUUCUACAAAAAUGUAUAACUACUUUGAAGUUUGAAGAUAUAUAUUGAUUGCAAAAAGUAUCACCAGGGUCCCCCUGGUUGUGUGACCCUCAUUCGUGUCAUUAUCUGCUGCAAUACUCCUCUUGCUGCACUUUCAUACUUAAACAUCAUGAGGUCGAAUUUACUUGUUACAUAUUAAGACACGUUCUGCAGAAGAAAAUGAUAAUUUUACCUGCUGUUUGGUUUAUAUGCGCCUCUUAUGUUGAACUAGUCUAAGCAUAUGUAAUCCCUUUAUGUUUAUUACUUGAUUCAUAUUACCUACCUUAAAGUCACCAGUCUUGUACUAUAUUUAACUGGAUUAUGAUUGAAUUUGGUUCCAUGGAGAAGAUGUAUUUUGGAGUUGUUGCACUGCAGCCCUACUGUUGCUCUUGAUUAUAUAAUAUAGAAUGGUGUCAGGGGCAUGCAACUGCAUGAGCAUAUGCAUCUUGAACGAAUUUUACAUGAAAUCUUUGUAUCUGGUUUUGUUAUCAGAAUUUUCAGUUUUGUUCAAUUAAUUCACUUAUAGCUUGAAUGGUAUUGGAGUUCUCUUUCAAUGUAGCGCAUCUCAUGUGCUGAAGACUGGAGCCACUGCUUCAAGCACCUGGGGGGAGUAGGCUGUUUGGGAUACAACUUGACAUGUCUUAUUCUUCUUGUUCUUCUAUUGUUAUGAAGAAGAGUUUUAGCAUGGAUAGCUUGUAUUCAUCUCCAUCAUCAUGUUCUUCGUUGUGCUCUUCAAGAGAUG